GCACUUACGUGGUUUUAUAAUUCGUCAUCAGUCUUUUGUCAUUGACUAUUUUAAUUCUUAUUUUCUCAAUUGAUAAUUUUUUAUCUCAUAGGCUAUAUAAUAAACAAUCCCUUAUCAGUCAGACAGUUCAAUUAGCGAUGACCUUUCAUCUAAAUAACUUAAAAUAUAAAAAAAAAUCGAAAGAAAAAAUUUGUUCCGUUCGUAGGAUCAUUAAACACUACAAACAGCUGUCAAAAUUGCUGUCAAAUGUCAAAUACAUAUUUUUGACGUUUGUGUUGAGCUUUUCGAGGUGGUUUUUAAGAAUUUCAAAGUAUUUUAGCGUAUUUUCUGAAGAUAAUUGAAUAAAAUACAGUAGAAAAUGUAUAACGAAGAGUACGAACAGGGCUACAACGACUAUGACGAUUACGGGGUGCAUACAGGGGAUCCGAAUUUGGACGAAUUCAACAGGCAACAAUAUAAAAUACCAGAGACCGUAAGAAAUUUUUUGGUUUACUUUCGAAACAAUGUUAACGAAGGGUUGAUUUUUGAACUGCAAUCGUUGUACGAGCAUUCCUGGCCGAAGUUGACGGAAGAUUACUUUGAAAAAAGGCCGUGGCCUGAUCAUAAUGAAGUUAAACCAAUAGUUGAUGAUGAUCCGGUUUUUAUGAUUUUGUAUAAAGAACUCUAUUUUCGGCAUAUCUAUGCUAGAAUUCAAGGGGGACCGAAUUUAGAGCAAAGAUUCGGUUCUUUCUACAAUUAUUGUGAUCUGUUCAAUUAUAUUUUGAGUGCCGAGGUACCAGUACCUUUGGAACUACCCGAUAUAUGGUUGUGGGAGCUUAUUGACGAGUUUGUCUAUCAAUUUCAGUCUUUUUCACAAUACAGAGCCAGAUUACAGAAAAAAACCGCUGCCGAAUUGGACACGUUGAAUUCUAACAAUAAGGUGUGGAACGUGCUUUGUGUUUUAAACGUUCUUCACUCUUUAGUCGAUAAAAGUAACAUUAAGCAACAAUUAGAGGUGUAUGCCAGCGGCGGCGACCCCGACUCAGUGGCGGGGGAGUUCGGACGACAUUCCCUCUACAAAAUGCUGGGCUACUUCAGUUUAGUUGGUUUGUUGAGACUACACUCUCUCUUGGGCGACUACUAUCAAGCCAUCAAAGUGCUGGAGAACAUAGAAGUGCACAAGAAAUCCCAGUACGCGCAUAUUCCAGCUUGUCAAAUAUCGACGUCGUACUACGUCGGUUUCGCCUACAUGAUGAUGCGCCGGUACUCCGACGCGAUACGUACCUUCUCCAGUAUUCUGCUCUACAUUCAGCGCACGAAACAGCUGUUCGCUUCGAAAACGUACCAGCACGACCAGAUCAACAAGCAGACGGAUCAGAUGUACCACCUGCUGGCCAUAUGCCUGGUACUGCAUCCGCAGUGCAUCGACGAGAGUAUUCAGCAGACUCUGCGGGAAAAGUCGUACCACGAGAAGAUGUACAAGAUGCAGAUCGGGGAUCUACAGGAGUUCGAAAAUAGUUUCGUGUACGCUUGUCCGAAAUUUUUGUCGCCUUAUCCGCCCCCCACCAACUCGAUUCCCGACGAUUAUUCCAAGGAAGUGAUUCAACAUCAGACGCAAGUUUUUAUGGAUGAAGUGCAGCAACAAAGGAUGUUGCCGACCAUCAGGAGCUACCUGAAACUGUACACGACCCUGCCUCUGAGCAAACUGGCCACGUUUAUGGCUCAGAACAACCGCAACGACGGCCAGUGGGACUUGGACAAGGAGACUCAGACGCUCCUGAUCCAUUUGCUCUGCUUCAAGCACAAAAUGAAGAACGUGGUGUGGUCGAAAGGCGCCUCUGGGCUGGAGGGAAAAUUCCAGAGCGGAUCCGAGCUGGAUUUCUAUAUCGAUAACGACAUGAUUCACAUUGCCGAUACUAAGGUUGCUCACAGAUACGGAGAUUUCUUCAUCAGGAAGAUUCUAAAGUUUGAGGAUAUCAACAGGAAGCUUCACCAUCUUAGGUUAUGAAUUAUAUAAUUUUUUUUUAUCUUUUUCUUAAACGAAAUAAAUUCAAAGAAGGAGGGUG